AUGCGGCGCGCGCGGUUGGGCCAGAAGCCGGUUGGAGGGUUUUUGGGGUUGUUGCAGUCGCUCUCUGCUGAUGUACCUGGAAAAGCAGCAGAAGAUGGUCCAAGUGGUUGGGCCCCUGCACGAAUUUGGGAGACCCGGAUGAAGCUCCUUGUUCCUGGCUUCUGUCUGGCCCAGCUGCAGCCGUUGUGGCCAUUUGGGGAGUGAACCAGCAGGAAGAUUCUUCAAACAACCAAUAUGUCAACCAAUACAGAUGUUUCUCUUUCUUCAUAUGAUGAAGAUCAGGGAUCCAAACUUAUCCGAAAAGCUAAAGAGGCACCAUUUGUCCCCAUUGGAAUGGCGGGGUUUGCAGCAAUUGUUGCAUAUGGACUGUACAAACUGAAGAGCAGGGGAAAUACGAAAAUGUCCCUUCACCUCAUUCACAUGCGUGUGGCGGCUCAAGGCUUUGUUGUAGGGGCAAUGACUCUUGGUAUGGGCUAUUCCAUGUAUCGGGAAUUCUGGGCGAAACCUAAACCUUAGAAGAGAUGCUGGCUUGGCCUUGUUGGAGAUGCUUCCUUUAGUUAGACAUCUCAUAUUGAGGUUAUGUGUUAUAUCGAAAAUAAAUAAUUUGAGUGGGUUUAGACAAUAAUACAUGGUAUUUUGAAUAUGGACCUCCUCGUGACCAAAUUAUUAGUGACUAGUUCACUAAUAGGUCUCAUUUUACACCUGGUAUUAAAAUGUUCUCCCUCCACCCCAACCCUUGUGAUGAAAUUAGUCCUAAAGAUCACAGCAGGCCAAUGCUGCAGUUAUUCCCAGUUUGCUGCAGUGUCUCAUGCUUCGUGUGUUGGAAAGGAGUCCUGUUUACCCAGUUAAUUCACUUUUUUCUGCCUGCCUCAUAGACUGGAUGAAUAUUUCAGUUUUUGGGAUUGGUUAUCUCUGAAAGAACUCUUUUUCAAAAAGUUCAUGGAAUAUAAUUUGUAAAGCCUCCCACACCUGAAUGUGUGUGUAUGUGUGUGUGUGUGUACUUGUGUAUGUACACAAACAAAAGGUAGCAAGCUUUUAAGACAGCUGCAUAGUAGUAUUUAUUUCAGAAUCAUACUUGUAGAUGUGAGACUAAUUUAAUUAUGGAUUCCAGGUUAGCUCUUUUGUAAAAACUGCAGAAUUAUAUUUUUGCUGCUGUUAUACUAGCAUAAUUUCUAAAUGUCACCUUGAAAUAGAAACAUGUAUUUUAACUGCUAAUACAAAGGUAAAUUAACACUUUUAAAAUGUGUGCAGUGUUUUUUAAUUUUCUGUGUAAGACUCAUAAAUGUUAAAUUACCUAUAGUGGAAGUGAUCAAUAGUUUAUGAGCAAGCUGGUUGGUCAGACGUUAUACACAAACUUUGAUAUACUACAGGAUACAUUACUGCAGUUGUGAAAUCUCUUGUCUAACCUGAACUUACAUUCCAUGGUGAUAGCAUGAUCUACAUAUUGUUAUUAAAGUAAGUAAACAUAUUAAA